UAUCUUGUCCUCUCUAUGUCUAUUUUUGUCUUUGCUAUUCAGAAGAUCAAGAAACAUAAGAUUCAUCGUGUACGUUAUGAGGAGCGUACGAAAGCGAAGACUGAGGAUCUUGCAGGGCAGUUGGCUAUCCAAACUUCUGUGCCAGUAUAUGAUUUCCCUCUGCAGCCAUUUACUCCUCCUUUUGCUUCAUUUUUGCCUGGGGUUCAUCCAAUAUGUGACAUGGUUACUUCUAUUAAAACAGGCGAGGCCAUUACACAAAAUUCUGAUAGUCUACCGAGCAUUUGCAAUGAUACAAGUUGUAAAGUUGAUAUCAAAGUGCACAUCCCAAGGAAGAGAGUUCGUAUAGGACCAGAAUUUCAGGCCAAAGUACCUGUUUGGGAUGGCCCACUAAAGAAGUCACCACAAUUGAUAGGGAAUGGAGAUUCUAGUUUUGAGCACUACAUGGAUGAUUCUAGGUGGCUCCUUCCACCAAUUUGGCCCAUGGAAUACAGUGAUGUGGUGGUUAACAAGGAGAGAAUUGGAAAAGGGAGGUCUGAUGGCUGCUUUUGUGCUUUGCAAGGCUCUAUAGAAUGUGUAAAGUUGCAUAUUAAAGAUGAAAGAGAGAAACUCAAGAAAGAACUUGGUGUUUCUUUUUCGGACUGGAGAUUUGAGGAUAUGGGUGAUACUGUUUCAGAAAAGUGGAGUGAAGAAGAGAAGCAAAAGUUUUCGGCUUUGGUGAGAUUAAAUCCUGCCUCUCUGGAAAAGAAUUUCUGGAACUACCUUCCAACAUGCUUACCUGCGAAAAAGAUUGAAGACCUGGUUAGCUAUUAUUUUAAUGUUUUUGUUUUAACACGUAGAGGCACACAGAACAGAGUUGAACCUUAUAAUAUAGACAGUGAUGAUGACGAAUCUGAGGUAGCCACUGCUGAAAAUGGAAAUGUAAAAACACUGAAACAUAUAGGAAGCAUAAAUAAGGUUGGCAUGUUUAAUUUUGAUAAUUCAGAAAAAAAAUCUGGUAGUCAGGCUUGUUGUAUGAGUAGUACCAGUUUUAGUUGGAAAAGAUUGUCAACAUGUGGGGAAGGUACCAUAAUGCUACCUCAUUUAGAAGAUGACAAUUCCAUUCAUGUUCAGAAGCAGCACGGAAUGGUUCCUCUGAACUACAAUAUGGAAUACCUACAGACAUUGCAGGAAAACGAUUUUCAGGGUGUUGUUACUGUAGAGAAACUUUAACUAGAUUGCCAUAUAAGGUUAUCAUAAUCAGCAUAAAUGGCUUAAUAGGGAAAAUCAGGAACUACAGAGGAGAUAGUGACACUAAAGUUCAUGGGUCUACCCCUGGGUUUUUGCCAUUUGAAAGCUUAAAAAGGAUCUUGUAUACAUUAUUUGGGAAUAUGCAGAAGAUUGAUGGUUUGAUAGUAAUGGGCUGACUAAGUUCUGCUUUGGUUGAAGGAAUUCUUGAUUUCUAAAUGCUUUCAGCCAGCUCAUUUUGGAAAUUUCCUUGAGAUGACAAGUGAUAUCUCAAAGCCACUCGCCAAAAGAAAUUACUUACUGGUGUCUUCACAUUUGAUGGGGAAGAUAAUUGGAAUGGGUCAUAUUUUUAUAGCUUCUGGAAUUUCUCAUGAUUCUCAGCGGGGUUACUUGCAUCGAGCAGAAUUGAUGAGAUGUGAGAUGUUAACGGACAGUGAUGACAGCCAUAUGAUGAGUUGUUUCAUUCCAUGCGUUUGGAUACUAUUCCUGCAUUAUAUAUGUUUCAUUACAACCAAAGUUCUGGUGCAUGUCCAUAUUUAUUUUGUUACCGUUGUGCUUUUGUCAGCAUCAGUGUUGCAGCAUACAUUGGAUUCUUUUUAAAAGGUUGUACCUCUUGAAAGGUCAACUGCUAUUUUAUAUUUAUCCAUUGACUUUUUGUCUU